GGCUGGCUGACUGACCUUAACCCUCUUCAAAACUUAUCUGAAUAAGAACUGUCGAAAAUAGGCAAACAUUGAAAACUUCAUGUAAAAUGGACUGUGAAGCAAUUUGAACUAUUCUCUGGGAUAUAGAGAAAAAUGAAUUGAUAAUACUUCUAGAUUCCUUAUUUCAGCUUUCCUGACUGUCAAAAUGAUUAAAAGAAAGAUAAGCAUUUGCCAACAAACUCGGGCCCUUCUGUGCAAGAACAUUAUUAAAAAAUGGAGGAUGAAAAGAGAGAGUCUAGUGGAAUGGCUUCUUUCAUUGCUACUUUGCCUGCAGCUGUUUCUGGUUGGAUUAUUUAAUGAAGUCUCUAAGGUUCCUGAAGUACCUCCAGUAGACCUAGGACGUGUAGACAAAUUUAAUGAAUCUGACUUUUUAAUUCAAUAUGAGCCAAUCACCAAUAUAACUCAACAGAUAAUGGAAAAAAUGUCUUUGGCUUCCUUCAUGAAAGGAAUAAAUGUCACUGGGAUUGAAGAUGAAAAUGAUAUGACAUCAUUGCAAAAAUAUUUCGACAUAAUGGCAAUCAGCUUUCAUGAUAUGUUUUCAUAUGAGUUCAAGUCUUGGGGAUACAGAAUUCCAUUUUUUACAGAAUAUCAUGAUCGUCCAGCACAUUGUAAAGACAAUGAUGGAGAAAUCAUGUGUUCACUUGAAAGAUAUUGGGAAAAGGGUUUUGUGGCUUUACAAGCUGCCAUUAAUUCUGCUAUUAUAGAAAUUGCAACAAACCAUUCUGUGAUGGAGCAGCUGAUGUCAGUCAAUGGUAUAAUAAUGAAGGUGCCUCCUUUCAUUUCCCAACUUGGAAUCCUUAAUGACUUCGUCAUUUUCACCUACUUAAUUUUUUUCUCGCCAAUGAUAUAUUUUGUAUGCCUUAAUGUUACAAGAGAGAGAAGAAAGGCUAAGAACUAUAUGACAAUAAUGGGCCUCCAGGAUUCAGCUUUCUGGCUUUCCUGGGGUUUACUAUAUGGUGGUUACAUUUUUAUUUUGGCAACUCUGCUGACCAUUACAGUAAAAUCUUCUGAAUUUAUAGUCAUGACUGGUUACUUCAUGGUAUUCUCCCUGUUUCUCUUAUAUGGUCUCUCUUUGGUAGCACUAAGUUUCCUGAUGAGUGUGUUGAUUAAGGAACCUCUGCUUACUGGCUUGAUCACAUUCCUCCUUACAGUUUACUGGGGAGGUUUGGGAUUUAUUUUAUUUUUUCACGGAUUUCCUGCAUCUUUGGAAUGGAUUUUAAGUCUCCUAAGUCCCUUUGCCUUCAUUUUUGGAAUGAACCAAAUUAGGAGACUGGAUUACAACUCGAGAAGUUUUGGUUUCCCUGAUCCUUCUGGAGACUCACAUCAAUUGUUAGCCAUAUUGUUCAUGUUGAUUUUUGAUAAUCUUCUCUAUUUGACUCUUGCUCUAUAUUUUGAAAAAAUAUUGCCACGUGAAUAUGGACUCCAACAUUCUCCUCUGUUUUUCCUGAAGUCUUCAUUUUGGAAAACUCGCCCCAAGGCUAGUCAUCAGAUAUUGGAGAAUGAGACUAAUUCUACAUAUUGCUCUGACUCUUUUGAACAAGUGCCUCUGGAAUUUCAUGGAAAAGAAGCUAUCAGAAUCAGAAAUCUAAAAAAAGAAUAUAAAAAGAAACUUGAAAAAGUGGAAGCUUUGAAAGGUUUGCAAUUGGACAUCUAUGAAGGCCAGAUCACAGCAAUACUAGGUCACAGUGGAGCUGGGAAAACAACACUAAUCAACAUUCUUAGUGGAUUAUCUGCCCCAACAGAAGGAUCUGCUAGCAUCUAUAAUAACAACCUCUCUGAAAUGACAGACUUAAAAGAAAUCAAGAUGAUCACUGGUGUUUGCCCACAAUUUAACAUACAUAUUGAUUUCCUUACUGUGAGAGAAAACCUCAGACUAUAUGCUAAAAUCAAAGGGGUUGCACCAAAAAUGGUGGAGCAGGAGGUGGAAAAAGUUUGCCUGGAAUUAGAAAUGAAAAAUAUUCAAGAUACUAUUGCUACUAAUCUAACUGGUGGACAGAAAAGGAAGCUGACCUUUGGUAUUGCCAUUUUAGGAGAUCCUCAGGUAUUAUUGUUGGAUGAACCAACUGCUGGAUUGGAUCCUUUUUCACGGCACCAAGUAUGGCACCUCUUAAAAGAGCGCAAAGAAAACCAUGUGAUCCUCUUCAGUACCCAGUUUAUGGAUGAGGCUGAUCUUCUUGCUGAUUGGAAAGUCUUUAUAUCCAGUGGAAGACUGAAGUGUGCAGGUUCUUCUUUGUUUCUAAAGAGAAAAUGGGGAAUUGGCUAUCACUUAAGUUUGCACAAAAAUGAAUCUUGUGACUCAGAGAGAAUAACAUCACUCAUUAAACAUCACAUUCCUGAUGCCAAAUUAACUGCAGAAAGUGAAGAAAAGCUGGUAUACACAUUGCCAUUGGAAAGGACAGCUUCAUUUCCAGACCUUUAUAGUGAUCUUGAUAAUUAUGCUGACCAAGGCAUUAUGAAUUAUGGUGUUUCCAUGACAACUCUGACUGAGGUAUUCUUGAAACUCGAAGGAAAAAUAGCUACUGAUGAAUCAGAUUUUGGCAAUUGUGAGCAGGAGCAAACAGAAGUCACUAGACAUUUUGAAAACUUUGUUGAACCAGAGCAGUCUUUUUCUCUUCGUGGAGAGAAGAUGGAGACAGUCAGUGGCAUGGCUCUCUGGAGACAACAAAUUUGUGCAAUUGGAAGAGUUCGUUUCUUAAAAUUAAAGCAUGAUGGGAAAGCUAUUCUGUCAUUAUUUUUAUUAUUGGCAGUUACUUUGAUACCUCUUGUUUUUGACCAAAUAAUAUUUCAAGUAUUUCAUCCUCUUGUUUCUUGGGAAUUUUCUCCUGAUAUGUAUUUCUUCUCCCCUGGACAGAAGCCAAAAAUUCCUCUCAGCAACCUAUUAAUUCUCAACAAUACAGGAUAUAAUAUUGAAGAUUUUACAAAUUCUCUGAAGCACCAGAAUAUAGCUCUGGAAGUAGAUGACUUUGAAAAAAGAGAUGGAACAUCUGACCUUUCCUACAAUGGGGCUAUAAUUGUAUCAGGGGAAAAGGAGGAUUAUAGGUUUUCUCUUGUAUGUAACGCCAAGAGAAUCCAAUGCUUUCCUGUCCUCAUGAAUAUUGUUAGUAAUGGAUUACUUAGAAUGUUGAACUCCUCAAAGCAAAUUCAUAUUAAGAAAACUCUCUUUUCUUUUAAUGUGGAGCCCGGUUCAAUGACUAAUGCAGAUACAGAUUUGUUCUUGAUACUGGCAACAACCAGUCUUUCUCCUUAUUUUGCAAUGAGCAGCAUCAUUGAUUACAAAAUAAAAGCUCAAAUGCAACUAAGGAUUUCAGGCCUUUACCCUUCAGCAUACUGGUGUGGGCAAGCACUGGUAGACAUUCCCUUGAAUUUUGUGAUUAUUUUUUUAAUAUAUGUAAUUGUAUACUUUAUCAACUGGGGCUUCUAUACAAUGGACAUUGGAAUUCUAUUUAUUGAGAUCAUCUGUAUCAUUGGUUAUGCAGCCUCAAGUGUCUUCUUCACAUAUGUGAUUUCAUUCAUUUCUAAAAAAGGAAGGAAAAAUAGUGGCAUCUGGUCUACUUGCUUCUUUAUUGUUUCCAUGUUCAUAUUUAUCUUUAUUCAAUCAAGCAGCUCCAAACUAGUUAAUAUACUUUGUUGCACUGCAUUUAUACCUUUCUUCACCAUGUUUGGAUGCACAAUGCUGAUUUUGGAGGUCAACUAUAUGUAUUUCAGGAACUCUAAUAUGAUGGAUGAAGAGGAUAAAAUAAGUGAAAAUGUGCUCUUCAUGGUUCUCAUACCUUAUCUUCAUUGUAUCAUUUUCCUUUUUGUUCUGCGAUGUCUGGAAAUGAAAUAUGGAAAGCAAUGUGUGAGAAAGGACCCUCUGUUCAGAAUUUUCCCAACAAAUAGUGAUGGUGGUACCAAUCCUGAAGAACCAGAAAAUGAAGAUGAAGAUGUUCAGGCAGAAAGAGCUAGAGUUGCAAGAGUUCUGACUUCUUCCAAUCUGGAUGAGAAACCUAUUAUUAUUGCCAGCUGUCUGCGAAAAGAAUAUGAAGGCAAGAAGAAAAGUUGUUUUUCCAAGGGAAAGAAGAAAGUGGCUACAAGAAAUAUUUCUUUCUGCGUUAAAAAAGGUGAGAUACUGGGACUGCUAGGACACAAUGGAGCUGGCAAAAGUACAUGUAUUAGAAUGAUAACUGGAGACACAAGACCAACAGCUGGGAAGGUAAUUCUGAAAAAAAGCACAACGAGUCAACAAAGAGAUGAAAUGGUUAAUAUCCUUGGUUACUGUGCUCAGGAAAAUAUAGUAUGGAAAAACCUUACAGUGAAAGAACAUCUGGAGGUCUAUGCUGCAGUGAAAGGAUUAAAGAAGGAAGAUGCCAUGGUCACUAUUUCAAGAUUAAAAGAUGCUUUCAAACUUCAGAAGUACAUGAAGGUUCCAGUCAAAGAAUUGCCAACAGGCAUAACUAGAAAGUUAUGCUUUGCUUUGAGUAUCCUGGAAAAUCCAGCUGUCAUGCUUUUGGAUGAACCAUCAACUGGAAUGGAUCCAGAAGGGCAGCAACAAAUAUGGCAGGCUAUUCGAGAAAUAUUUAAAAAGAAGGAGAGUGGUGCUAUCCUGACUACACAUUACAUGGCAGAAGCUGAAGCUGUAUGUGAUCGAGUGGCUAUCAUGGUAUCAGGACAGCUAAGAUGCAUUGGUUCCAUCCAACAUUUGAAAAGCAAAUUUGGUAAAGAUUACAUACUGGAAAUGAAAGUGAAAGAAUCUGGGCAAAUGAGACAUCUCCAUGAAGAGAUUCUGAAACUUUUUCCAACAGCAGCAAAGCAAGAAAGGUAUUCCUCCUUGAUGGUCUAUAAAUUGCCUGUAGAAGAUGUUCAUCCUCUUUCUCAGGCCUUUUCUAAAUUAGAGGCAGCUAAACAUGCAUUCAAUCUGGAGGAAUACAGUCUCUCUCAGUCUACUUUGGAACAGGUCUUUCUAGAGUUGUCAAAGGAGCAGGAAAUGGGAGAUUUUGAAGAGGAAUUGGAUACAACUGUAAAAUGGAAACUUCUUCCACAGGAAGAACCUUAAAGACCUAGCUCUCCUAAGUUUAUGUCUAAGAUCUCAUGACCCUUCAUUUUAAUGCAUUUAUAUUUUUAAUUUCAUAUAUCAUCUCAAAAAUGUUAGAUCAAACUUUUAAAGCACAUUUUGUAUUUGCAUAUGUUACUUAAAUUUGUAAUUACUUUUUGCUAGAAUGAAGUAAAGAAGAAUAUCUUCGGGCAAAAUCUCUACAUUAAACAGUAUUGAUAAUGACAUGGAAUUGAAGUAUAUUAGUUUCCCAUAUAUUUGCAUAGCAUUUGGGGGAAUGUUCUCUGUAUUGUAUGUUCUCUGAAGCUUUUAUCAGCAAAGGGAAUGAUACAAUUUUUCUCAACUGGAAGGAGGGAACUAAAAGAUCAUGGGAAGUGGAAGAUAGGACAACUUUUGAAUCCCUAGAAAGGAUGGUAUAGAAGAAGCGUCAGAUUGUACAAAUCAAUGACAACAAACAAACAUUGAUUGGGAUUGAAUGGAAUCAUAAUCAGUUGGGUCACUAGUUCACCAAUCCGCUUAAAAAAUACCUUGAUAGAACUUACUGCCUUUCUGGGUUUAGAUGAAUAUAUCACCUUUCCAUUUCUUCUUCCUCCUCUAUCUCACAGCAGCCUGGUGAUCUGGCAUUACUUAAUCUUAAAAUUUUAUUUUUUUGUUUCUACCUUUAUAAUGUGUUUUAUCUCCCAAUAAAUUUAAAGUAAUUUUUUAUUGUUUUCUGAUUAUAUAAAUAGACUAUACUAUAGUAUAACAUAUACUUUAAUAUAAAGAGACCACAUAUUAAGGGGAAAGGCAAAAGAGAAUUUCUAGACAAGUAACCCUAGAGUUGACCAACUCUCAUACUGUCUCUGUCUCCUAAACCAAUAAAAUACAGAUCUAUUUGGUAUAUUUUUAAAAACAUUUAAUUAUGAACUUGAAAACACUAGAAUUCUUUUUAAAUAAGUAUUUUAAGAUUCAAGUUUUUGAGUUCAGAAUCAAUUCAAAUCAAGUCAACAAACAUUUAGCAUUCUACUAAAUGCUAGAGAUACAAGGACAACAAUUAAACAAUCAUUACCCUAAUUCCUAAUUGACAGUCAUAUUAACUAAGAGUAAUCACAUCUUAGAUUAGGGAAGAGGGAAGCAGUGAUAUGGAGGGGGCAAAAUUGAGGUCAUUAUACAAGUUAAAAUUAUAGUCAUCCUAUAAAUUAAAAUUACCCUGGAAAAACUCUUAAAUCACGCCCCAAAUCAGUAUGCUCUUUUUAAAUAGUUCCCCAUUAAAAAGAGAGCAAUUUGUAAUAGAAUGCUGAGGUAGUUGCUAUGAAAACAAUUGGAUGUAAAUUUUUUUCAUAACACUCAACCAAGAUCUCAGGAGAGAAAAAGAAAAAAAACAAGCCUUGAAGAAGAAAAUGAAAACAAUAGUAGAAGAAGUAAUGAUUAGAGGAAAUGCAUUUGAAAAGGGCUUUACUGGAUGAUCAUAUAUUCACUACCCAUAAUAAUUUUAGGUCAUAUAUUUAUUGAAUGGAAUGUAGCAGGCAUGAUAUAUUGCAUUAUUUAAAUAUCUGUUUUUCUCUUCUGUAAUUGUUUUUUGCCAAGUACAUAUAGUUGAAUUUUCACAUGUUAAAUGAGUGUAUGAUGAGACUCUUCUGUAUAGACACUAUAUUUUACAGAUUAUAAUUGUUUAUCAAAUGUGGUAAUAAACCAAAAGAACAAAAACAAAAAUAAAACAAAUCUGUGUGUA